AUGGCUACACAAUAUAUCCAAGGUCUCAUUUCAGAUGCAAAUUUUUCUGAAGAAAUUAUUGAUGCUGUAAAAGGCUCAAUGGAUAACUUAUUUUGUGAUUUUUCAGAACAAAUAAAUUCAAAUCCCAAAUUAUUAAAUCAUGUCAGGCAGAGAUUUAAAUCGAAACAGCCAAAAAUUCAAGCAGAAGAAACGGUGCAGGUCCAAUGAUCGUGCACUUUUGAUAGUGUGCAUUUCAUCGAGGUGCAUUUGGUUGAAACCUUUUGAUAGUGAGACUUUUGACUGAAAAACAGUUAAAUUUCGACCAAAUGCACACUAUUUAAAAAUUUUCGACCAAAUGUACUUUGAUAAAAUGAACACUAUCAAAAAUACAUUGUCAUUGGCAUGGAGCUGAAGAAACACCUCCAAAGCCAAAGGCUGUAAUGGAUAAAAUAACAAGGGAUUUACAGCUUAUAGAGCAUCAUGUAAAAACUGAUCUCAAUAAAGAAUUUACAAAAAAGCUUAAAGAAGAAAGACUUGAGCGCGAGCGUCGGCAUCGAGAAAGAGAAGAAAAAUACACAAAAAAACUUUUAGAAGAAAUUGGCUCAAAACAAAAAGAACGUGAAGAGUUCCAAAAGUUCCAAGAAAUGGAAAAACAAAGAAAAAUCGAAGAACAAAAGCUAAAAGCUGAAGAAAGAAAAAAAGAUAUAGAAAGCAGAAAAGAAAUAGGAAUAAAAGAAUAUAAAAAGGUAACAAGCAGCAAGCCUCUAUUUAAACAAAUGGAAGAUAAAUUCAAUCAACAAGUCCUAAUGCCAGCGCUUGAAAAGAAAAAAGCUGAGCUUGCUAAAAAAAGAAUGCUUUUCCAGCCAAUAAAUCCACAAGAAAUAUAUGAGCAUUCCAAAAAAGUCAAUGAAAUUCGUAGAGAACAAGAACAACGCCGCCAAAAAGAAAUUAUCCAGCGUUCUUUAGAAGAGCAAGUAAAUUAUUUUUCUAAAAAUUUUCAGACACAUUUUACAGCAGCAGUCAUUGAAGAAGACAGAAAAAAACGAGAAGAAGCUGAAAAAUCGAAAGGAGAUUUAAUAAACAGAAAAUUAAAAAUGAUGCAGUACGCAGACCUUGUCAAAGAAAUGUUCCAACCUACUGUUGACAAAGCUAAACAAGUAGAAAUCGAAGAAAGGCUUGAAAAACGAAAAAAACAGAAAAAAAUCAUAAAUAAAACUAGUGUAAAAAGCUUUUCAGGGAAAGAGUCAGAAAUUGAAAAUCAAGAAACUGUCUCUGAAGGGGUUUUAGCGAAGCCGACAAAAUGGAAAAAAAAUCCUUUAAAGAUGCCUGAAAAACCGUCCUUGAAAAAAGAAUUCGCUAAAAUUGAUUAUUUGGCAGAAAUGAGAAAAAAUCAAGAAAAUCAGGAAAAAUUGGCAGAAAAGCCUGUUAAUUGGCAGCGGGAACUGGAAGAUGAAAAUUUAUCAAUAGAAGAAAAAGCGAAUAGGAUCAGACAUAAAGCAGAAUUAAUAGAAAAAAAGGCGAGGAUUCAAGAGUUUAAUAUAGGCAAGCUGAAUCCUCAAAACCAGCAAGGUCUGAAAGCUACAGAGCAGGUAAAUGAUAUGAUUAUUGAGUCAAUUAAAGCGAAGCUUGCUUUGCUUCAACAAGUAACUGGUAAAUAA